AUUUUUAUUUUUAUAUAGGCUAUGCAUCCAGUCUGAAAAUAUAAAGAGGCACGACUCUAACAUUUGUUUGAGUAUUCACGAACGAACAAAUUUAUGCAAAACAAUGGUGAAAAUAAAGAGUCUUAUUCUGUUUCAGAAUGAGAAAGCAAAUGAAUAACCAGUUUUACUUGAGCAGAUGAAAUAAAAUAAAAGGACUGUCUACAAAGGUAUGCAAAGAAACGCAAAUUGCGUAUUCGAAACGCAGGUUGCGUUAGAAGAAACGUCGCUCUUCGUGCAACCAAUUGAAAUACUUCAAAGGGUCACAUGACUGCCCACAAACUUGCUCGUGGUUUUGGUUCUGUCACUGUUUUGAAAUGGUUAUACUAAAAGGAAUCCCAUCAAUACUUACGCCUGAAUUAUUGUAUGUUUUGGCGCAAAUGGGUCAUGGAGAUGAACUAGUUCUUGCAGACGCAAAUUUUCCAGCCACAUCUAUUUGUAAAUGUGGUCCAGUAGAGAUAAGAGCGGAUGGUGUAGGUAUACCAGAACUUCUGAAGGCUAUACUGAAGCUUUUUCCUCUUGAUACCUAUGAUGAUUCGGCAGCUGUCAUGGACCUUGUGGACAGUGACAAAUUAAAGGGACUGAAAGUGCCGGUAUGGGACCAGUACUCUGACCUCCUGAAACAAGCAGGAUCAGAUGGUAACUUCAAGUUUGUUGAGCGGUUUGCAUUCUAUGAGCGUGCUAAAAAGGCAUUUGCUGUAGUGGCAACUGGGGAGACAGCACUGUAUGGAAAUCUUAUUAUCAAGAAAGGUGUCAUUCCACCUGAUGAACAAUGCUGAAAGAGGAGUCGUUUGGUAGUUUUUCACCAAAGU